AUGCAUGUUUCUGCAUUUGAAAUUUACUGGAAAAAUUUUUCCAUCUCAGUCUGUUCAUAUCUAUCUCAUUCUAUCUAUCUAUUUAUUUGUUCAUAUCUAUCUAUCUAUCUAUCUAUUUCAGUCCAUUCAUAUCUAUCUUAUUCUAUCUAUCUAUUUAUUUGUUCAUAUCUAUCUGUCUAUCUAAGUCUGUUAUCUAUCUUAUUCUAUCUAUCUAUCUAUUUAUUUGUUCAUAUGUAUCUAUCUAAUCCAUUCAUAUCUAUCUUAUUCUAUCUAUCUAUUUAUUUGUUCAUAUCUAUCUAUCUAUCUUAUUCUGUCCAUUCAUAUCUAUCUUAUUCUAUCUAUUUGUUCAUAUGUAUCUAUCUAAUCCAUUCAUAUCUAUCUUAUUCUAUCUAUCUAUUUAUUUGUUCAUAUCUAUCUAUCUAUCUAUCUAUUUCAGUCCAUUCAUAUCUAUCUUAUUCUAUCUAUCUAUUUAUUUGUUCAUAUCUAUCUGUCUAUCUAAGUCUGUUAUCUAUCUUAUUCUAUCUAUCUAUUUAUUUGUUCAUAUGUAUCUAUCUAAGUCUGAUCAUAUCUAUCUUAUUCUAUUUGAGUCCAUUCAUAUCUAUCUUAUUCUAUCUAUCUAUUUAUUUGUUCAUAUCUAUCUAUCUAUCUUAUUCUGUCCAUUCAUAUCUAUCUUAUUCUAUCUAUUUGUUCAUAUGUAUCUAUCUAAGUCUGUUCAUAUCUGUCUUAUUCUAUCUAUUUGAGUCCAUUCAUAUCUAUCUUAUUCUAUCUAUCUAUUUAUUUGUUCAUAUCUAUCUAUCUAUCUAUUUGUUCAUAUCUAUCUAUCUAUCUAUCUAUCUAAGUCUGUUAUCUAUCUUAUUCUGUCCAUUCAUAUCUGUCUUAUUCUAUCUAUUUCAGUCCGUUAUUCUAUUUGUUCAUAUCUAUAUAUCUAUCUCUGUUCAUUAUUCUAUCUAUCUAUCUAUCUAUCUAUCUAUUUCAGUCCGUUCAUAUCUAUCGUAUUCUAUCAUCAGGAAAUAUCUAUCUAUCUAUCUAUCUAUCUAUCUAUCAAAUGCAUUGAUAAAGGAACUACAGACACGAGAAAGAAAUUAA